AUGAAAGGAUCCACUUCUAGUAUGUUCCCGUCAUUGGAGGAGUUGAGGUCAACAGUCCUGACCGAACUAGUGAUCGACAUUUUGAAUGACAUUGACACUACUCUUGUGACGCCGUCUCUCUCAGGAGUCAACUUCCCCUCCGGGGUCAAAAUCAUGCGCGGAAUUAAUCGGCCAUGGUCUGCAGUACAUGAUACCGUCAUUGCAGAAGUCAAGGCACUCAUUGCCAAAUAUCCGACUUACACUCUAGAGGCAACUGGUCAUUCCCUUGGUGGUGCUCUCACCUAUAUCUCCCACGUUGCCCUUGCGCAAAACUUCCCAGGUAAAUCGCUGACUAGCACGGCUCUCGCUGCGUUCCCCAUCGGCAAUUCCGCGUGGGCCUCCUUCGCAAGCUCCCAAAGUGGUACCAUGAAGCGUGGAAAUAACGCUUUGGACGGUGUUCCCAACAUGUAUGUGAGCGGACUGUUCAACUUCCAACACUACGGCACCGAAUACUACAGCUCUGGAUUGUCACUCAACACUUUCAGAUGCUCAGGUCAACGCGAUCUCCUUUGCUCGGCUGGUAAUCUCAUGUACGGUGUUACCGUUGGUCAUUUCCAAAGCUUUGGCAUUACUAUGGCCCUCGCUGGUUGCAGAUGA